AUGGACCCAAAGGCGGGCGGCGGCGAGGAGGAUGACUGCGCGGACUCGGGCGCCGAGACCGGAGGGUCCGACUACAGCCACCUGUCCUCCACCAGCAGUGAGCUCUCGGUGGAGGAGGCACAAGACCCGUUCCUGGUUAGCAUCCACAUCAUCGCGGACCCAGGGGAGUCGCGGCCCCUGCAGGAGGCCAUUGACAAGGUCCUGGCCUGGAUCCACCCGGACCUCCCGCUAUUCCGGGUGUCGGAGCGGCGCUCCAGCGGGCGGCGGCGGAAGUCCCCCAGGGGCACGCAGCCGGCGCUGGCCGUGGUGCUGUUCCUGCAGGAAGAGUACGGCGAGGAGCAGAUCUUGCAGCUGCACCGCACGCUGCGGCGGCCGCCCUGGCGCCACCACCACACGGAGCGCGUGCACGGCAGGUUCCUGCCCUACCUGCCCUGCAGCCAGGACUUCUUCACGCUGGCGCCCGGGACUCCUCUGUGGGCGAUCCGGCCCGUGCACUAUGGCAAGGAGAUCGUGCGCUUCACCAUCUACUGUCGCCACGACAGCUACGCCGACAGCCUGCGCUUCUACGAGCUGAUUCUCCGUCGGAGCCCCAGCCAGAGGAAAACCGACUUCUGCAUCUUCCCCAUCUUCUCCAACCUGGACCUGGACAUCCAGUUCUCCCUGAAAAGGCUACCCUGCGACCAGAACCCGGUCCCCACCGACUCCUCCGUGCUGGAGUUCCGAGUAAAGGACAUGGGUGAGCUGGUGCCCCUCCUGCCCAACCCCUGCAGCCCCAUCAGUGAGGGGCGCUGGCAGACGGAGGACCACGACGGGAACAAGAUUCUUCUGCAGGUGCCAAGGGUACACAGGAAGUUUCCCAAAGCCGGCCGAGCGCACCACUCCUCCGACAAGAAGCCUCGUUCCAGUCCUUCUCCAAGCAUCACUGCCCCGAGCUGUGGCGGCAGCCCGCAGUCCCCGCUCGACUGCCCACUCCCAGGACCCAGCUGGACGCACCUGCCUCCCAUGCACCAGCAGGAACUUGCCGGCAGCCCCCAGGGCCCUCCCUGGUGUUUCCAGCGAAGCAAGUCCUUGUUCUGUUUGCCCACGGGAGGACCCUCGCCAGCCACCUCCUCCGAACCACAGUGGUUUUCCAGCACAGGUGCCCCAGGGCCCAGGGCGGCCGAGUGGAGGCACAGCCAGCCCCUCUCUGUGGAUGACUUAGAGGGGGCCCAGGAGACGGACGUGGACACAGGCCUGCGGCUGUCCUCCUCAGACCUGUCUGUGGUCUCUGCAUACUCUGCGCCCAGCAGGUUCUGCAACACGGCAGAGGCUCCCCUCCCCUCCGAAAGACGCAGCAGCCAGUGGCCAGGGCACAAGGGGUCCAGAGAAGCACCACUGCCCGCUGUCAGUGAGGCCCACAUGGGGGCCUCCCUCCCUUUCUUCAUCCAAGGGUCCUCCAGCUCCUCAGGGACAGAUGGCACUGCUGCCCCGGCUUCCAGCACCUCCUUGCUCCCUAAGUCACCCCCAGAGCUCCCUUGUGAUGCUCCCCGUAUCACACAGACCGGCAGAGCCGUGCCACCACCCACCGUGUUGCCUGGCCCCGAGGAUGAUGACAUGGAAGAAUUCUACAUCUGACCGCCUCCGCCUGUGUCGUUCAGUCGCACAGACGCAGACGCACAGGCUCAGGUCUCCCUGUCCCUCUGAUCUCGGAACGCACCAGCGUUCUCUGCCCUGCCCCCCAGGUCUGUCUGGGAUCUCAUUAUCUGCUGCCUGGGGACCGUGAGCACAUUUGCCAGUCUCUCCAUUCUUAACUGAGAGAUGGCGUAUUUUAGGGACUCGUCGUAAAAUACUGACAUUGUAUGCAAAUAAAAUAAGCCGUAAAAUAUAUAUUUUUGAAUGCUCAAUUUGAGGCAUGGCUUAGUGCACUUACACCACUUAAAUGUUUCAUUAUCAUUAUUUGAGAUGGAAAGAAAAUCCAGUCAGCCAGAGCUGAUUUAGCACAAUUUCCUGCUGAGAAGGAAAAACAAUUAAAGCCAAAAUGUCGAAUGUGGGAAGGAUACUAAGUGACUUGCACGAGCCAUCCGUGCACAAUAACAGAAUGUGCACCUUCCGGGAUUCUUCGUGUAUAUGUGCAUUAGCAGGGCGCAGUAGCCCGAGGAAUUUUCAAGUCUUGCUUAGAAUGGGAAAAAUCAGCUCAAUAAGACAGCUGUGGACCGAUGCCUCCCUUUGAGGCCAUGCGGCUUCUGAAAAUCCGAAUUUACACUAAGGUGGCUUAGAGAUUUUCUAAGGGUUUGGCACAAAUAAAAGACUCAUCAUGCAUUGAAAAUUUGAUUUGAGUUCCAAAAAUUAGAUUUGCAUCUAUUUUCCAAUAACAUUCACUGUAAUGAAUGAGAGCCCAGACCACCUCUCCACGCUCUUGAGUUUAUUUGGAUCACUGAGUAAGACUCUCCUUGGAGUUAGAGAAUCAUAGAGUAUUAGACAUAAUGGGGAGGUAAUCUCAAGAAUUUUCGGUUUUCAAAAGCACAGUCUAAGGACAAUAGGAGCCACAUUUUCUACUGCUUUUUCCAGUCAGCAUGCCUGGCCACAGGUCCUACGUUUUUUAUUUUUAAGUGACUGGUGACAUUUUAGCUGGCAUUUUGAUUGUACAGAUUAGCAACUGUCCUCUCCCCAAAAUCAGGAACCUACCUACCACGCUGUUCUGACCAAAUACUUCCAAAAAAUGCUGAGGGCCUGGGGACGGCUGCAGCUGGAGCCCAACCUCGGCUUUCCCUGCCUGUGGCUGGUUCUGUCGCAGCAUGAGUGGCAUUUAACUCUCACCCCCGGGAAGGGCAUGUUUACAACUGCAACCUCAGCGAUGCCAAGUGUGACAUCAGGGGCAAUGCCAAGUUGUCUCCCAGAUGCGUAAACAUUUAUCUUUGGGGAAGGAGAACAUGGGUGUGCGUUGUUCAUGUCCCAGUCUGGUGCUCUUUGUCACAAUGACUCAUGGCACAGUGUUCAGCGCUCCCAAAAUGCCACACCAGCCCAGCCGGCCUCCGAGACCUUUCCGACACAGUUAUCCACGCAGCCCUUACUGAUUUCAGACUCCCACUCAGGUCUACACCGUCCUUGCAAUGAGAGCCUUAGAUCCUGCCUCAAACGGCCUGGACAUUGUAGGACUUCGAACUGUAAUAUUCUACUCCAAUGUAAAUAAAUGAAAAUAUGGUCUCUUCUAAUUCUUUUUCUGAAAAGGGCUACGUAAUAAAUAGGGUAGGCUUUCUCAGUCACAUCAUAACUACUGCCGCUGUGGCAGGAAAGCUACUGUGGAUAAAAUGAACAUGAACGUGAGUGGCAGAGUUCCAAUAAGACUUUGGUGGGCCAGACAAGGCCCGAGGGUGAAAGUCAACCAGCCCUUGAACUAGACUGCCUGGGGCUGAUUCGAGACUUAAGAACUGAGACUCUGAAGUGUGCACCUUGUGCUGACUGUGGUGUGUGAUGCCAAGAAAUCAGGCUGCUCCCGUCAAGCCAAUGACUACAGAACUACAGGCCCAGAACACCAAAGGGCUUCUUUCUGCAGAACCAAUUCCUACACCAGCAGUGCCCCCCUGCCUGGAAACGUGACUCAAGGUCAGCCGCUGGCAAGGGAAGGCAGCGGUGACAUCAGGGAGGAGGAAAAAGUCACUCAGGCAAUGGCACAGCCCCCAGGGAACAGGGGCACAAGCUCAAUAGCUACAAAAGCCAACGAGGCAAAACGCAAGUGGCCCAGCUGGCAAGGGAUGGUCCUGUCUUCGUCCUUAACCUGUGCCCUUCUUUUAUUCUUCUCGCAUGUCCCCCAGGAUUGCCUCAGAGCCCAGCCCUUCUCAGCGGCCCACCCUCAUCACUGUCUGGUCUUCCAAACUGAGUGACCCCCAAGGGCCACCUGAAAGGAAAGGCAGAUGCCCCAUAACACAAGGGGGGAGGGGCGGGAAGACCGCAUUUAGGGGCUCCGGUGCCUGUGUUGGGGAAAUGGGAGUCACCCUGUGGAGAAGGAGCCAUAGGGCGGGUUCCAGAGGCCUCGGCUUCCCUCCUGGCUACACCACCAGCAUUUCCUCAUCCUGGAGGGCUCCUGACACCCACUGGUGAA